CAUCACCAACAAAAUACCUCAAACUACGUACCAUAUCAGCAGCAUCAACCAACCAACCUAACAAACACAACACAACACCCCAAAAAAACCUACAUCAUGUCUUCAAAAACCGCCGCCCCCUCCAACAUCAUCACCUCAGCUCCCUACUCCGACCUCACAAACAACCUCUUAACCAAGUCUCCCACCUCCCCAACUGCUAGGAGCAAGUCAACACAAUCGGGAAACUCAGUCCAAAGAGCCAUGAACAACACAUCGACCUGGCAACCUAAGCUCGACCGCCGACAAAGCUACGGGCAGGAGGAGUACAAGCAUGAGAUGCAGAUGCGGAGUGGGUCUACGGGGGGUAGUGUGAGGAAGGCGGGGGAGGAGGGGUUUAGUGAGGAGGGACAUGGGUACUAGAUCUAGGCCUGACACCGAGGAAGGUCGGGUGGUGAUGAUGGACGGAAUACCUGCUGCAGUGGUGCAACUAUUCGUCGACAAGUCGGCUCGGCAAUAUCACCGCCG